AUGAUCAGGUGGUUACUAUUUCUUGUAUAUCUCCCCUUAUUUAUUGCUUCGCCAGGUGACGACUUGGACGAAUUCGACGAGUGCAGACACCGAUGUGAAUCAAUAACGUGUAAUUAUAGACUUUUCGAAUCGGAUCCAAAUCGAUAUCAUCGAUCUGUUGCCAAUUUUAACGAAAAAAAUAGAUUCGACUGGAAUUUCGAUCCCUUGCCCUUACCAAAGCACUUGAAACUACUUUAUUGGACGUGUGAACAGAAUUGUGACUAUCAAUGUCAGCGUUUGGUCACCCAGCAACGCGUGGACGAAAAGGAAGAAGUGCUUCAAUUUCACGGUAAAUGGCCAUUUUUACGAGUUUUCGGCAUCCAGGAAUUUGCUUCCAUGAUAUUUUCCAUUGGUAAUUUGCUUGUUCACUUGCAAGGAUUGCGGAAAAUAAAGCACCAAAUUGAUACUUCACCACCUCACUAUGGACUGUACUUUCAUAAUAUCUUGAUUGUGUCAGUUGUAACCCUGGCAGCGUGGAUAUGCUCCACCAUAUUCCACAUUCGAGACUUUGAACUCACAGAAAGAUUAGACUACUUUUUGGCUGGUCUCACAGUAUUGACUGGUUUCCAUGCUGUGUUUGCUCGAGUUUAUCGAUUAUAUCUUCCCGACCGGAAAUUAUGGCUGGCCGCUUUCACCGCAUUGUGUGUGGCCUUGUACUCUGGUCAUGUGUACCACUUGGUGACUGACUGGCUGUACACCUACAAUAUGAGGGCCAAUAUAUUUAUUGGAAUUUUACAGAACAUAUGCUGGGCUAUGUUGUGUUUCGAUUUGUACAUUCGGUAUUACGAUGUGGAGCAUAAUCAUCCUGAAAAGUCCAUGAACUUUGCACGUUACACCAAGUGGAACACGGUUGUUCUCAGUUCGUUUUUCCUUCGCUCGUCUAAGCUUUAUUCGCUAUAUCCGCUACUCUUAUGUGUCAUCGUGAUAUGUGGCAUGGCAUUGGAAAUUUUUGAUUUUGCACCCAUUUUUUAUGACUUGGUGGAUGCUCAUUCAUUGUGGCAUUUGGUGACGAUUUUCCCUGCCUAUUACGGGUGGUACGAUUGGAUGAUUUGGGAUAUCCGCGAGAAUGUAUGGCAAGAUGUUAAGCAAAAAGCCGAUUAA